AUGAUUUCAAUUAGAAUUAGAAGUAAAACAGGUGUAGAAAAUUUAAAAGUUGAUUCUCAGCUCCAAAUUAUUGAUUUUCAAAAAAUUAUUGAUGAAAAAACAUCAACAAAACCAGAACAUCAAAAAAUAUUACAUGGUUUUCCACCAAAAUCUUUAGAUUUAUCAAACCCAAAUGCACCAAUAUCAAACUUUCUAUCAAAUGGCGAUACUAUAACAAUUGAAAACACAACAGCACUAACAUCACCAACACCAGCCCCAGCUGUAACCCUAAGUAGUAAUAGUACAUCAAACAAAAAUAAUAGUAAUAAUAAAUCAGAACCAUACAUGUCAGAAGAAGAGGUAGGUAAUGGAUUUGCAACAAGAAGAAUCACCGAUGAUGAUAAUAGUUGUUUAUUCUCUGCCGUUGCAUAUGUUUUAGAAGAUAAAAGCAGAUGGAAGGGUGGUCAAUUAAGACAAUUAAUUGCUCAAGUGGUUAGAAGUGAUCCAUUUGAAUAUAACGAAGGUUUUUUAGGAAAAUCAAAUGCAGGUUAUUGUAACUGGAUUUUAAAUCCAAACCAUUGGGGUGGGGCUAUUGAAUUAUCAAUCCUAUCAAAUCACUACAAAGUUGAAAUAGCAGCAUUCGAUAUAUCAACUCAAAUAAUGUACUGUUAUGGCGAAGAUAAAAACUAUACUGAAAGGGUAUAUUUAAUUUAUGAUGGAAUCCAUUAUGAUGCCUUAUCAAUAUGUUUAACAAGAAAUGGGGGUGAAGAUUUUGAUAUCACAAGAUUUAGUGUAGACGACAAAGAAUCUUUAAAUAAAUUAAAAAAGUUUGUUGAAAAUGAAAAGAAGCUAGGUAAAUACACUGAUACCACCAAUUUUAUGCUAUUAUGUUUGGAUUGUAAUAAAACACUAAAAGGUGAAAAAGAAGCAGCAAUUCACGCAUCUUUAAGUGGUCAUGGUAAUUUUACAGAAAAAAAAUAG